ACGUCAAGCUACUGCUCCUGUUCUCCGUACACUGGUAGAUUUUGAUGGCCAUACUAAACGCAUGCCAGCCCUUUUCUCUACAGGGCUCACAGAGGCGCCGCAUGCUCCGAAGGGGAAAUUGCGGCUUUCACAGGAUCUGAAAGGCGGCCUUUUUUCCACCUGGUUCCUUUUUUUCUUCUUUCUUUGUGCCAGCUUCCGGGGUCGACGGGGGAUCCUGGUUCGCUCAAAUGGCAAUCGGACGUCCCGAUUGGGAAGACUGUUGUUUGCCACAGCAGGGCCGAGGCCAACAAAAGUAACGACGAAAUGGGGGAGUCGGGCCAAAGGGCUUCUCCUUCUGGACGAAGUGUGGGUGCUCGGGCAAAUUAAACAGAACUCUCUCCUUUUCCCCAUCUCUGUCAGCGACGACGGUGUUUUGCUGGACCCACUUUAUUGCCGCACGCCGCCAAUUCCGGCAAACUGUCAGGUGUACAGUACUUCUCUGGGUACCUCGGCCAGGCAUCACUUUUAGCCGAGACGAGCAAGUCUUUGGUCUCUACGCUUGCAUGUAUAAAGUACCUGUCGCUUUGAGCGUUUCAUUAUUCUCUUUUG